GUAAAGACAAAAAGAAAAAAAAAGUUAAACAACAUUACAAUAUAUGACUUGCGUCCUUGCAUCAAUUAAUCUCCCUAGUUAGCUAGAGCCAUAUCUCAUAAACAAAACCGCAGUUCCUUCCAGUCAAAUUUCUUAAAACUUGAAUGUCAAGAAACGCGCGCGUGUGUGUAUAUAUAGUUGCUACAAGCUUACUAUAAAUUCAGUAUGGUACUUGUUCUCUGAAACACUAAAACCCCUUGUGAAAUUUCUGUCUCUCUUCCCCUCCUAGUCACCUGAAAGUUCUUCACCUUGAUGGAGCCAAAUGAAUCAAAGGGACCCCACUACUUAACUAGUCAUUCUAUCCCAACUCAAUCCCAUCCAAACCCAGUUCACAAUCUGGAUUCCAUAUCACUUUGCUCCACUAGGUUCUUCCCCCUCUCUCACAUCCAUGAUUUCUCACCAAACACCUCUUCUCUUAGCAAUGAAACUGCCUUUGAUGAAGCAGGGGAGCAAAGCAUUAACUAUGAAAGGAGGCUCAAGAGAAUGAUAUCCAACAGAGAGUCUGCAAGAAGGUCACGGAUGCGCAAGAAGAAGCAGAUUGAAGAGCUGCAGUAUCAGGUGGAUCAGCUCCAUGCUACGAAUCGCCAGCUCUCGGAGAAGCUCAUCCAACUGUUAGAGGGCAACCAGCAGAUCCUCCAGGAGAAUGCUCAAUUGAAAGAGAGAGUUUCUUCCCUCCAAAUCCUCCUUGCCGAUCUCAUAACACCUCUGAGGAAUGUGGGAGAUGUCAUCACCACCACCACCAAUGGCAAUCGACUUAGAGCCGAAGAUUCCAGUACCCCAUGAUUACAUCUCUGCUAUGAAACAUGGAGGAACUUCAUUCGGUACAGGGUUUCACUAGUAUUGAUGCAUACAAUUUUCCCUUUUCUUUUCCCUUUCUUUAUAUAGGUAAAUACUGUCAAAGAUACAUGAGUUUAACUGGUGCAAUACAAAUCUCUCAGUUGAGUUGUGGUAAGGCCGUAUGCAUGUAUUAUUGUGCUUUUUAGUUGUUCUGCUAAGUCAUUUUAUGCUUCA